AUGGCAAAGGCAGAACGUGGAGACACCAGACCGUGCCUCACGUCCAAAAGCAUAGCUCCGCUUGAGUACAAUUGGCCAAAGGGGCGCUCAAGACGUCGAAGAUUCUUGCUUGCAGUCAAAUGAAGCGUUUUAUUACUAGGACAAAUCACUGAACUUUGUUUUCCUUCUCUGUAUUUGGCUUUUCUUUUCUUUUUUUACUCCAAUCAGAAUCGAGAAUUCAGGGAAAGCUGGCAGACUGGAAUUGUAUGCAGACAUAACUUGGAAGAAAAGCUGCAUCCUAUGCACAUUUACUUAGGAGUAUGUCACGUUGAAACCAGUGAAUUUUCUUCUGUGUAAACAAGGAUCCUGCUGCAUAUCCCAUUGAACACAGUGGGACUUUCAACCCUGUAAACCUGAUUUGGGCUGAAGUGAACAUAACAUAUGGUUGUUAGGGAGCAAACUUUCGGUGAAAACCUUAUCCUGCAUUGUAUUGACACAGAGCAUCUCCAACAUGUCUGGAGUCUCUUUCGCACGUUCAAAUGUGUCUCUGGACACGGAGGGCUCUGAAGGAACUUACAGAGGAAGGCUGGCAUCCCGGCAAACUGGGGAUGUGUUUACAAUUCCCUCAGUUAAGUCAAGCUCUGGAUAUGAUACAAAGUCAGUAACAGCUAAAGUAACAGAGUUGCAGUUGGACAAGAACCCGUUUAAAAUCCCUUCAGAUAUUGAUAUCUUCUUAUUGCGAGACAAACAAAGGGAAAAAGCGAAAGUGGAGCGGGAGCGAAGGAAAACAUUGAAGGUCCAUGAGAAGAUGACCUGCUCCACUCUGCAGAGUGCCAAACAAUCUGGUUUCAAGAAAGAAAUCCAGAUGGAAGAGGAAGCUGAGGACAAAGAGCUGGCAGCAGAAGCAGAGCGGCUCAAAGCUCUCCGAGAAAGCAUCUCUUGGAAGAUAGCAGUCACUAAAGACCAGGUUGUAGAGAGAGAGACCAUGCAUGACUACAUCAAUCAGAAACGACAAAUGUUCUUGCUGCAGUACGCUGUAAUUGUAAAGAAAGAUGAAAUCCAGAAGCUGGAUAACCUGGCUGUUGAAGAAGAAGCAAAGCUGGAAAAAGCUGAGGAAGACCUAGAGAAGGACGCUGCCAUGUUUGAUGAGUUCCUGAAAGAGAAUGACAGAAAUUCUGCCCAAGCCCUAAAAAUUGCCGAAAAAGAAACCAAAGCCAAGCUGGAAAAAAUCCUUGAGAUCCGAGAACUGACUGCACAAAUGAUGAACAUCCAAAGUGAAAUAGCCAGGUUCGAAGACACUUUGAAGGAGUACGUGGUAUUCAAGGACUUCCUCUACCAGCUGUCUCCCAAAGAGUGGCGGGACGAUUAUGAAAAAAAGCGAAUGAAGGAAAAAGAAAAAGUGGUAAAAAUCAUUCCUGAGAAAGAUGAAAAACUUUCAUCAAUACUAUCGAAAAGCCGGGAUAUUCAACAGAAGAGAAAAGGUCGAGGAAUGAGUUUACUAAAGCAUUCUAGUUUUGAUCUGUCUGCAACAGACCUUAGCUCUAGGACUCCAAGCCAAAUUUUGACCAGGAAAGAUUCCAUCAGAAUGAGCCAAGUUUCUUCUAGGCAGAACCUUAGAUCCCAGCAAAGCAAAAGACCGAGCAUUAUCAUUCCAGCAACUGAUGAAAAUCCUCCAGAUAUUCCAUCUGAUGAAGAAGAAGAUGAGGAACCGGAGUUAUACUUUACAGAUCCACACCAACUGCUGAAUGUUUUCACUGAGCUAGAGGAACAGAACUUGUCCCUAAUUCAGAAUUCUCAGGAGACAGAGGAAAACCUAGAUGAACUUCGGCACACUUUGACUGCUACAAGAAACAAAAUGGACCGUGAAAUAGAACAAUUGAAGCUGCUUGCUGUUACUCUUCAAGCCAACAUUGUGAAAGAGGAAGAGACGGCGGCAGACCUUGAACUCAAAGCCCGCGUGUUUUCCUUUGGAGAAUACAAAGCUGACGUUCAGGACAAAAUGUUGGUAAGCUUGCAUCGAAAGGUGCUGGAAGUCUAUCGACGCUGCAUUGGAGAAAACGAGGCAAACCUGGGAACUGUGCAGAUGCUAACUGUUAUAGAGCACCAGUUAGAUGACUUGCUAGAGUGUCUGGAGAGGGUAGCUCCAGCAAAGAUAGAACAAGCUGAGAAAGCCAAAGAGAAAGAACGAAGGAUGAGGAUGAGAGAAGAAAAGAUAAGGCAGCAGCGACAAUUGCAGGAAGAGAGAUUGCAACGGGCACUGGCUAGAGCACAAGCUGAUGUUAAGAAAAAGAGUGGCAGAAGAUUGGUGUUCCGAUCUGAGCCUCCUGCCUACAAAGAGAAGGAAGAUGAGGAUCAAGGAAUAAUAGACAAGGAAAAGGAGGAGCUACUCUACUACUUUACUUAACAGCCCAGAAUUGUAAGAAAUGGUGAAGCACAGACAAGACAGAUUUAGAAGAAAUGUUUUUGCUAGUUAGUACACUUCUUUCAAUAAUUUGCUGACUAUCUUAAUCUCAUUUGCUUAUACUUGUUACACACACAUACAGCCCCCACCUCCCACAAAUCCAGGACAGUCCACAGUUUGUGUGCUGGUUUAGUUGGAAAAUUCAGUUUUGCCUUUUGGUAAAUAAAGCUGGUAAAAACAAAAUAAUAGGCCACCACGGCGACCAAGAGAAAUGUUAAGUUGCAUUCAGAUGCUUUGAUUUCAGUCUUGAGUACUGGAGGUACAGAUUUCUGCUAUUCAGAUGUUUCAAGUCUCCAAAAUUGGAAACACGUUUACAAGAAGUUUGUUCCAUUUGCAGCUGAGAUCCUGAUUGGAAACAACAAAAAACUAAAAUGGAGAAACUGAACAUUAGUUCUUUAUUAGUCUCUUUGUCUCUCACCAAUUAUUUAGAUGUCCACUGCCAGCAAUGGACUUCUCCAGAAUAUAUCUGAUGUCUUUAAGUCCUUACCCCUCAAUGUUUACUACAAAUUCCAUUGUAGGAAUUUACAAAGCCAAG